UGCUCCGCCGCGAUCCGUCCUACUGACUGCGGUGCCUGGCAACAGAAAAAGACGUGAUGACGUCCUCUCCAGAUUGCGUAUUAUGGGAUGUGCGGAAUUAAACAACCCUGAAGAGGACACGGGGAAGCCUAAAAAAUAAUAGACAGACUCAAACGGGGCGCAUGGUGGAUCAUGGAGCUCUCGGCUGUCGGUGAGAGCGUCUUCGCAGCCGAGUCCAUCAUUAAACGGCGGAUCAGACGGGGUCGCUGGGAAUAUCUCGUGAAAUGGAAGGGCUGGUCUCAGAAGUACAGCACUUGGGAGCCGGAGGAAAACAUUCUGGAUGCACGGCUCUUCUCUGCCUUCGAGGAGAGGGAGCGAGAAAGGGAGCUGUUUGGCCCAAAAAAGAGGGGACCUAAGCCAGAAACAUUUCUCCUGAAGGCCAAAGCCAAAGCCAAAGAUAAGACCUAUGAAUUUAGAAGAGAGCCUCCCAGGGGGAUCCAGGUUUCCUAUCCUAUCCCGGAGCCUAUGAUAACACCGAGGGCCCGGGAGGGUUUACGCACGGUGGUUCCCACAAUUUUCCCACCGAGCGCGAUCAACCGAGGAGAAAGUGUCCACAUGCGACCACCGGAGCCUGAGAGGAGGCCGAGGCCGUCUCCACCAGCUUCACUCAUGGACCAAGAAUCCAUCCGUUUACCCAAAAAGAGAGGGCGCAAACCGAAGCUGCAUUUACAUUGUGUUGAAGAUCAUGGGAGCGGUUCAACGGAGCCUGACAGCAAACGCAGCAGGUUACUGGAAGAGCCACACGACCUGUCCACGAUGCCCCGACGCAUGCACCAUCACGGAGAGACGUCAGAUCACAGCCUUAUCCAGCUGACCAAGAGAUUCCAGGAGGAAACCACCAUAACACCCAAAUCCAGCAGCGGGCAAAGACAUAUGGGGGCCUCGGGCCUGUCUUACACAUGUUCACUCAGCUCAGAUGUGCGUAAAGGUGAGCGUGGGAAACACAGGACUAUGUGCACGAGCAGGAUGUCGAUUCCACAGCCCGGUAAGAUGAAGCAUCCCUGUGAACACCGUGGCCAUCAGGUCCAACAGUGCUGUCUCCAACGGGAACAACCAGACAUCAUCCCCAGAUUCUCCGACUCUGUCAUCGAUUCAUCCACGCUGCCGUCCUCUUCCUGGAAACCCACUUUCACCAAUCUGGACACUGUGACCGUGACCGAUGUGACCAUGAACUUCUUGACAGUUACCAUCAGAGAGAGUAACACGGACAAAGGCUUUUUCAGAGAUAAAAGAUGAGUAUGCGCUUUGGUGCAGCAGGAGAGCCUCAUGUAUGCCUAAAUAAUUCUUUAACAUGCUACUAACAAGCCUACUGUAAUACUAUAUUUUUUCAGUGUAACUUUCAUCUUUGUACAUACAAAUAUUUAAUACGCUGCUAAAAAAAAAAAAAAAUUAAACCUAAACUGUAAAAUGA